CUGGAGUUCACCUCUACCGGCCCCCUCCCCUUGGAGCCGCGCAAGCGUACACCGAAUUUACUCCCUGGUCCCUCAUGCCCCCGCCUCCAACCCCCGCUCUGUCUGCCCAAUACGCAGGCGCGUCUCCUCAAGUGCUUUCCCUACCCCCUCCUCUUUCUCUUCAGUCAGUUCCCCCUCCUCUCCCAGCCGCUCCGCAGGUUCAAACUCUUCUCCCGGAGAGUGGCGGCAGUUGUGAGGUCACGUGAUGAGCAUCCUGCUGCCCAACAUGGCGGAGUUCGACACCAUCUCGGAACUGGAGGAGGAAGAAGAAGAAGCAGCAACGACGUCGUCGUCGCCGUCGUCGUCGUCGUCGUCGUCGGUAUCUGGGCCCGAUGAGGAUGAGGACGAUGAGGAGGAGGAAGAAGAGGAGGAGGAAGAAGAGGAGGAGGAGGAGGUGCCACCCCCGCCUCGGGUAGUGAGCGAGGAGCAUCUGCGGAGAUAUGCCCCAGACCCUGUGUUGGUGCGCGGCGCCGGCCACAUCACUGUGUUUGGAUUAAGCAACAAAUUUGAUACGGAAUUUCCCUCAGUUCUGACAGGGAAGGUGGCUCCAGAAGAAUUCAAGACCAGCAUUGGCCGUGUGAACUCAUGUCUAAAAAAGGCUCUCCCAGUCAAUGUGAAAUGGCUGCUGUGUGGAUGUCUCUGCUGCUGCUGCACCCUGGGGUGCAGCCUGUGGCCUGUUAUUUGUCUCAACAAGAGAACCAGAAGAUCAAUUCAGAAGUUACUAGAAUGGGAAAAUAACAGAUUAUACCACAAGCUUGCUUUGCACUGGAAGUUGACUAAAAGGAAAUGUGAAACUAGCAACAUGAUGGAAUAUGUAAUCCUAAUAGAAUUCUUACCAAAAUACCCCAUAUUCCGACCUGACUGAGGAGUUUUGUUUGGUCACUUCUGUGUUAUCUGUCAUUUCCUACCCUUAGUGCCUUGUAGAUGAUCUUGGAAUGGAGAAGUCUCCUUUGCUGUGUUCAAUUUAUUCUUUAUAACAGUAGAAUAUUCUUCUCACUCCUUUAUUUGUGUUGAUUUAAGAAGGCAAUUUGCACAUCUUUUUUGUUAUUAAAUGAGGCUUGUGUUUUGCACUCUCAAUUUUUAAAUAAAUACACACAAACAUAUACAAUUAUAUGUAGUUGACACUAAACAUCAGUGCUGGUGUGUAAAGAAACAAACAAAACCCUUGUUCUGAGCAUGCUGCCUUAGGAUUUUCACACUCACCGUUUCUAAAUGUGCAUCAUUUUCUAGGCUAUUUAAUGCUCUGUAGUCCCUUACUGGACACACCCAAAUACGCUUUUGGUAGCUUUUAGAAAUGGUUUUACUCUGCUUUUAAAGAACAUGCAAUUAAUAGCACUGGUUUCCUCCUGCACUUUGCUAAAUUGUCACUUAUGUUAGUGGAUAAAAUAUUUAAACUCCUAAAGACUUGUAAAUAUUGUCUCUUUGCAUAAUGUAAAAUGUGGUAUGCCAUGGUUUACAGAAUUAUUAUUAUUAUUAAUGUAUUGCCAACAUUUCCACGUAGAUUUUGAUAUGAAGUUUGCAAGCAUCCUUUUGAAUGUAGAGACCUUUAACAUGCUGUUUUGUGGCAAAGCCAACAUGAGUAUGUUAAAUUUCAGGUGUGGGGCAAGAUUGCCCUUCCUAACAAAGUGGAUUAAAAUUGAAACCAUUAGUUCAGACCUUGUGCAUUACACCUGAGACCAAGAAUCUUAUUUUUUUCCAUUUAAUUCACUGCUCUCCAUUUGUCCUCCGCUCCACCCCCCAAAAUAGUUGACAUCUAACUCAUCUUAUGGCUGCGUUAGCUCCCAUUUCCUUUCCCCUGUGUAUCUUUUCCCUCCUUUGAAAAUACAUAGAAUUUCCCUUUUUAAGUGUCUUGAGAGCCAAUUCAUCCUGGUACAGGCCUUUAAUCCCAGUACUUAGGAGGCUAAAGCAGUGGAUCUCUGAGUUCAAGUCCAGCCUGAUCUGUAUAAUAAGUUCCAGGACAUCCAGGGCUACACAGAGAAACCCUGUCUCAAAAAAAAUAUCAAAAAAGUGUUUUGAGAUUUUUAAUCUUGUGAGAUAUCAAGGCCUCCAUGAAAGCCACAUUUUAUCCUCCAUUCUACAUUGAGAAAGAGUGCUGAGAAACUUAGCUAUGGACUAUGCCCUCUGCUUGAGAAUCUUUUCUAAACAUUUGGAAAUUAUCAAUGAGGAAAGACAAGUAAAAUUUAGAUAAAAUUGUAUUCUGUUUAUAAAUUGGUCACGUGUUUUGGUUGGUACAUGCAUCUUUCUCUCUUUUUUUUACAGUUAAAUUGAGUGAGAUUACCACUCUGGUUUUACUACAAUUUGAAAUUAAAAUAUAACGAAAGUUUGCUAUCACAUGAAUUCAGUUGCAAGGGAAUGCCUGUAUAUGGGCAUUGUUUGUACUUGCAGUUACUGAAUACAUUCUCUUUAUCCUUCUACUCUUAACUGCUUUUAAGUAAGUUCAUUUCAUUGAACAGAACAAUCAUUUCUGCAUACAAGGUCAAGCCUUUUUAAGCCACUUUUAAAAGUUAUGCCUAAUCUGAAAUCCUUAGACCUUGACCAGAGGAGGAAAGACCAGUGUGAUGUUGUUCUAAUGGUUUGCACAAACACUUUUGGAGACCCAUCCCCCCCAUGCCACCCAGCCACCCCAGAUCUCUAAAUUCUAGUAUAUUGUGUAUGCCUGCAAAUAUGUCUGCCUGCUGCAGAAUUGAAGGUGUAUUUUUAUAGACAAGAAGAAAGCCUCUGAAAAUGCAUACCCAGUGUCUUGUUUUAUAGCUAAGGUCAGGGAAAAUCAUAUCUAUGUUUUAUGUUGCAGCUAAUGUCAUCAGAUUUAUGCUUCAUACUGUGACAUUUAAAUACCAAAAUUGAUUUCCAUUCCAUCAUAAUACAGGAUCUUAAUCCUCACUGGUAAGACAAUUCCUUGUGAAUGUCAGCCCUCGGCAAUCUUACAUUACGUCUUGAGCCUUAGAAUUUGACCAAGUAGUGAUCAUUGAAACUUUUUCUGCCAUGGACAAAUCACACUUCAUUUUGUUCCACAACACAAAAAACAAGAAGUGUAAUGAAUUGUUUCCAUGAAACAGAUAUUAAAAUAGGAAUAGCUUGUAUCUGGAGGUGACCAAGUAAAAUUCAAGUUACAAUAGUAUUUGUCAUUUAAAAAAAACAGUUUACAAUAUGUCAAUUCGAUUGGAACUACUCAUUCAUAAAUGUAUUGAUUGUUCAAUAUAGUGAUUGACUAAUCAUAGUUUCUCGAACUACCAGGAAAAUAAUCUGGCUUUUUUCUUUUCUUUCUUAUGUGACUUUGUUUCACACUGCUUCCCCGCGAGAGGGGUGAUUAGUUUGGUUGGGGGCGAGAUUCUUUCUUCUUGAAAUGACUCACAAUAAAUGCUAAUGUGACAGAGUGCACCUUGGUCUCUAACUCCUCCCCCACCAAACUGUUUUUCCCUUAGCCUCAGGAUAGAGUGUAACUUGUAUUUUUCCAUUGGGUUAGCCAACAUUUUGUGAAAGUUAUUUUUGAUUGAAAAAGAUUAACUUUAAUUUCUUUGAUACAUGAUAUCCCUUUAUUAAAACUGCCAUGGUAGUUUCCAGAGGAAAAGCGUUUUAAAAUAGCAUGUUUUUGCCAAAGCAUUUCAAUCUCCCCAGACUUGGAGAUUGCAAGUUAAAAGACUUUUUUUCUAAGUCACAUUCUGAAAAACCUGGCGUACUGGUUUGCACUUUUAAUCCCACAAUUUCAGAAGCUAAAGCAAGAGAUUUGCCAUGAAUUGGAAGACAGCCUGGGCUACAGAAUGAGACCCUGACUCCAAAGAGAAGAAAGAGCAUGGUUUCUGUUAUGAUUCUGGCUUAAUAAAUUGAUUCAACUGGUCAUUUUAAAGCUUGUCCAUAAGGCAAGUAGCAUCUAUAUUAUUAAUAAAAAUAUGGACAAAUGUCAUUAGCAGAAUAACUCGAUCUCAGACAUGUCCUCUAUGUUUUUCCCCUCUUACCACAUGUUAAUUUAGGAAAGAGAUUAUUGUAACUUUAGAAGUAGAUGGGAAAGUGCCUUGUCUUUUUCAAAGAUAGCAUGGUAUGUGGAAGAAAGCAGAGUGAAUGAAUUGAUAGAUUAUUAGAAAUGAUUAUUUUCAACUAGGCAUGAUAGCACAAGGUUAUUGAUUGCCUCUUAUUUAAGCCCAUUUACUUAUCUUCCAAACAUGAGAUACAUUAAUGACAAAAUAUCAUUGAAUAAAACUAUCAGUUACUUUAGAUUACUGUAAUUUUAAUGCUAGUAAGCAUAGAAUUCAACAUGGUUCUGGAAGGACAGUGGUCUUUGAUUAAAGACCCUACUAAAACUCAUAUAUUUCCUAUACUAGCAUGUUCUAUAAACACUAAUAUCUCAGAAAUUUAACUGUGUUCAUGCCUACCAUUGCCAUUUUACUGAGAGUUAUUGUUGCCUUUGAUAAUUUGAGUAAAGCUCAAUAACAUUUGUAAACAUAUCAAGAGUUAGGUAUUUACAAAUGUCUGUGACCUUUACAAGUCAUUAGCACUUUGAUUUUUGUUUACAGAUAAGCUGCCACUUAAAAAUUAUAGCACUACUUGAACAUGCAGACCCCAAACAAAAUUUCAUUUGAAUUUACUAUAUGCCCUAGGCAAAUAUAGAGUAUACUUACCUGUUUAAUUGGAACAAUUCACAUAGUAGAAAUAUUUUUUUUUACUAAAUUAACUGGAAGUGUUCAAGUUCAUUGAAAUUAAGUCCAAAUAUGCCUAUAAAAAUCUGCUUCUUUUUUUAAAAAAAAGAAAAGAAAAGGAUCUAUUUUACAACUAUCAAGUCAUUCAGUAUCCCUUGAGUGGUGAACUGUUGGGAGAUUUUUCAUGGUAAAGAAUAAGUUUAUUAAUACUUGUUCAUAUACUUGUGAGCUAAAAAUAAUUGAAGGAUAUCUAUAAGUAUAUCCUUCCGUGUAUGUAUGUGUGAGUUUGUGUGUGUGUGUGUGUAUGUAUGUAUGUAUGUAUGUAUGUAUGUAUGUAAUCCUUACCUUGUUCCAACAUUUCCUUACCUGAUUCUGAGCCAGCCUUUUUAUUUUGAUGAUGGCAACCUGAGAAUAUGUUCCAUUUUCUGUGAAUUUUGUCGAAGUCAGACUUAAUGAAGAAACAGUCUAAUAUUGUGGCCCCCAGUUUGUUGAAGUCAGACUUAAUGAAGAAACAAUCUCAUAUUGUGGCCCCUGGGCAAGUGACCUAAAGUACAUGUCAGUGUUUGCAUCUGUAAAAGGAGAGGGUUGAACCUUGAGCUGGACAACAAAAAAAACCAUGAGAAAUGAUCUAACACACCAUGGUUCUGAGAAGCCGUGCAAGAUCUUUGCUGUGCGGACUUGGUGGAAACUCACAGUGCCUUGCGCAGUUUGAGUUCAGUUUGCUGGCUGGCUGCUAGUCGAUGUGUGUUAAUAAAAGCACACUCAAAGAACCAAAUCUCUGGUAGACCUAUCCCCUCUGUGCUGAGAAAAGUGAAUGGUAUUUCCCUAGGAAGCAAGGGCUGGGAUCUCUGUUUGCUUGUGGGAUACAACUAUGCAGUUGGUAUCCAGGCAAGAAUUGGAGCUGUGACAACAGCAGACAUGGAAAAGUGUCCCCUUAGACUAUGUGAAGAGUUGCAUAUUCAAUUUCACAUCUGCUUCAGUGUCUCACCAAGUUCCCUACCCUCAACAAAAUCUAUUGGAAUGAAUUUAGAAAAUUAAGUGGAAAGGAAAAUGGCCUAGAGUUCAACCCCAAGUCACUUUUGGUUUAAUUUUUAGCUCGGCUACUUAAUCCCUCUGUACCUCAUGUCCUCAUUGUUGAAGUGGGGACGACAAUCUGGACCUACCUCACAGGGAUAUUGAAGGUCUUUUCCGUGUGCUCAUAUGCUUAGAAACUGACUAAAAGAAAUAUUGGACCGAAUAAUUAUAUAAUUUCUAAGGAGAUGUGGCUUUCAAUCCACACUGUUGUUUUCUUUCUUGGUAACACCCUACAGUUGAUUGAUUGUGGUUGAUUUAUUUUUUUCGAUAGUCACUUUUGUUGCCAAUACCCUAUUUGUUAAACAUGAAUGAUUGUACUCUAUUAAUACUUGAUUUAGGGAGAACAGGUGAGUGUAAACCAGUGGUUCUAGCUUGGGGCAGAUAAAGAGAGCAGUGGAAAGUAUCCUGGAGCCCUUUUCAAGAAUUAAUUCAAAAAAUAACACUAAAGGCCACACACUGACCUAUCACAUUGCUUCUCCACCAGCCAAACAAGACAUGGAAUCAGCAUACAUUUUGCUCAUGUUCUUUCCUUUUCUGUCUUUCAACAUUGCUUACCAACAGUGAUCAGAAACUGUGAACAGAAGUGUGCUUGUAUUUAAUGGAAAAUAGGAAGGCAUCCUUAAGUGUACUUUAAUAUAUACUUGAAAAUGGGGAAGGAAUUUAGAGAUCUGUAUAAUGAAAAAGUUGGGAGCCACUUUUCUAAUAGAAUCAGGAUUAUUUGACCCUCUCAACAUAUUGCUUCCUAGUUCCUGGAUGAUGAUGGAGAGAGAGAGAGAGAGAGAGAGAGAGAGAGAGAGAGAGAGAGAGAGAGAGAGAGAGAGAGAGAGUGAGUAUUGGCUAGAUCGGGCUAUACGUUCGGAUUAUAAUUUGCCUUCAGUUUUGGUUUGUUUCAGGAUUCUGGAACUGUACUGAUUCAUUGAGGCGUGUCCAUGUACACACACAGGAUUGCAAAUGUGCAGUGUUUUGGUGUCAUGUUGGUCUAAAUGACAAUUUCUCAGCCUCUUAAAGUUUAUGUGAUGUCUGUAUGAUAAGCAAGGCAAUAAGUUCUUGAAUGUUCCUUUUACUCCUGCUUAUUUGAUUUGCUUUUAUCUUGGCACAAUUUUCCUGCUUUUCUGUUUUAUUGUAAGCAAAUAGUUGGAAACUGUUUUAAUGCCUGGACUUUGGAACAAGUUACAAAUGUUUGAAAUUAUAUAAUCUACAAGCUAGUUUGCCAUCCUUGGACUAACCACAUACAAGUGUGAAUCUCUACUGCAAGAACAGGACAUCCAGAUAGCUACAGAGCUGUCAUUGUUCAAAAAAAUCUAGUUGAAAUAUAAGUGACUUCUUCAUUUUGGCAGAGGAUUCCUGUUUGGACAGCUUUACCAGAAGAGAAUAACAGUGGAUAUGUCCUUCAAACCAAGAACUUUCAUGCAUCUUGUAGUGUUAUGUAGCCUGUGGAAUGAAUUCCUCUUCCCCCUGGAGUCCAGGAUUGACUCCCCUGGAAGAACUCAACCUCUAUACAGCUGUGCCAAAACGAAGGCUCCCUGCCUCUGAAACUUUCACUGCUGCUUCUGUCCUUGUUCACUUGUCAGUUAAAAUUUUAUUCUCAGGAUGCAAAAUUCCAAUAAAGUACAAAUCUGUGUUAAUGAA